AUGAGCAACACGACGGCCCUGCGCACGCAGUACCCCUACGCCCCCGACGCCCUGAGCCCCCGCCCCCAGUAUGGCUUCCCCUCGCCCACGUCCAACUAUCCCUCGGGCAUCGACGCCCCCUCGCCCAGCUUCUUCCCCAUGGCCUACCAGAUCUCGCCGCGCUUUGGCACCAGCGCCUUCAUCCCGCCCCCCGACGUCUUUGUCGACGGCCGCCGCGAGACGGUGCGCGAGAAUGGCGUCUACACGCCGCGCAACUCGGGCAAGCGGGCUUUCGACACGCUCAACACGGACCCCGUCGCCAUGCACCUGCUCGUCGAGACGGCCAUGGGCGACAGCCAGAACUUCGACAUUCUGACGGUCGAGGAGGUGGAUGCGCUCAAGCAGGAGCAGAAGAUGCUCGACACGCGCCUGAGCACAGUGCGCCGUAAGCUCGAGUCCGAGACCAAGAUCCGCGAUGCCACCCGCUCGCUCGGCCGCCUGGCCAGCAGCAAGGCGAACGCACACAAGCGCGGAAUCGGCAGCAAGGGCAGCAAUGCUGUGCAGGACUACGACGCCAAGGAGCAGGAGGGCCUCGAGUCGAGCAACAAAAAGGUCGAGGAGUUUAUCCGCGAGUGUCUGGAGAUUGAGUCGCGCAUGCGCAUGAUUGACAUGCAGCUGCUGAUGCACACGGCCGCCGUGCUCCAAUUCACGCACAAAGGACCCAAGCAGCGCGACGAGGCCGCCCAGCGGACAGACGACCGCUUCGGGAGACCAGACAGCCCGGCGAGCCUGGAUACGUACGACGAGGCCCGCCUCAAUGGCGCCGCUGCCGCCUUUUUCGACGAACGCAGCCUCUACAGAACACCCGAGAACCUCGACAACCUCAUGGACGUGCUGCAAAACGGAAAACACCACCAGCCCGAGCGUGCCAACCAGUCCUUUUCCUCCGUGGCCACACGUCUGCAGGAGAUGAAUGAGCGGCUGCGGAAUGUCAUCAUCGAAACCAACCCCGAACGCGACAACGACUACUCUCUGCCACCGCUUGCGCUCGAAGGGACCGUGGAUGCCUCGACCAUUGAUCGCCAGCUCGACUUUCUCGACAAGGGCAUUCGCAGCAUUAGUGCCGAACAAGUCAACAUUCGCUCGAGCACUAGACAUACGCUGAGCGAGGUCGAAGGCCGCCUGGAGGGCAUCAACAACCAGCUAUACGGGGUCCUCAGUCGCUCGGCAGACGAGCAGGCUGGCAGGAUUGUCCCGCCGCCUGCCAUUACCGGCAGUGGCUCGACCGAGCAGCUCAACUACAUGGAGGACUCGUUCUACAACCUGGAGCAGAUUCAGUAUGCCAUGAACGAGAAGAUCAGCAACCUCCGCUCUGCCGCGCCCAUGGGAGAGGAUGCUGAAAAGGCCGAAAAGUACGAGAGCACCAUCAAGGGUCUGUGGGACAUGAUCCGCAAGGGCGAGGACGAAGCGCUCGAGCGCAAGCGGGAGCGACGCCGAUUGCUUGCUGAAGACCCUGACAACCAAGAGCAGCUCUCGCCCGACGAAGACAACAGCUCCGAGACUUACUCGCUUCUCGCAUUUACCUCCAAGAUCCAGAUGCUCUUUAGGCGCGCAACUGGCCUCAAGGAAAAGCAAUCGGUCCUCCUGCGGCAGAUUAAGCAGCAGCGUGAGCUCAACAGCAAGUCUGACGCGCAAAAGGAGGCCGAGUUUGAGCGGCUCAACACCCAAAUCCUCAGCGCGAGAUCGGAAAAGAGGUCCAUGGAAGAUGAGCUUGACCGGGCUUUGCGAGAACUGCAGCAAUUCGAUGGACUGAAGAGCGGCGUCGAUCCUGAUGCUCUGCGCGAGACACAGGAGCGCAACGCUGGGCUCGAGGCGCAGCUCAUCAACGUGCAGGAGCGCGUGAUUGCGUUUGAGACGGAGCUCAAGGAGGCCAGGCAGCGUGCCAUUGCCUACGAAAACCAGCUCAAGGACGUGCAGGAGCAAGCUGUCAACUACCACAGCAAGCUUCAAGAGGCCGAGAAGCGCGCUGCGACGUACGAAGAAGAGCUCAAGGACCACCAAGAGCGCAACACUGCAUACAACGUGUCGUCGCAAGAAGCACAACAACGCACUGCCGGCUACGAGGCUCAAGUGCGGGAUGCCCAGGAACGCGCUCUUAUGCUCGAGGGCAAGCUGAGGGAAGCCCAGGAGCAGGCUCGUGUUGGAGAAACCAUCAAGACGGAGCUUGCAGAGGCCACCAAGAAGAUUGCCCAAAUCACGGCUACCCUGGAAGCAGUCACGGAAGAAAAGCAGACAGCCGAAGCACGCUCUCUAGACGCCACCAACAACCUCAACGCCAAGGAGGAAGAGUUCCGCAGCCUUGAAAGCGAAAUUGUGCGGCUCACCACUGAGCUGACGUUUGCCAAGGCAGAGCUAGAUGGCGCAUAUGGUACUCGUGCCCAGCGUGCCGCCGAUUCUGCCGCCAAUCCAGCGAUUAAGAAGGAGCUGGAUGAGUUGAGCGUACAGAACCAGGCUCUCCGAGGCGAGAUUGAAGCACUGCGCAAGGUCCAGGACGUUGCUUCACAAUCCGAGGCUGAAGCACGCCAGUCCGAACGCAAUCUCAAAGCUGAAUUGUCAGGCAUGGCGGCCGAGUAUGAAGCACUUACGCGCGACGCCAUUCAAAACGAAAAGGACCGUGACGCACUCGAGUCGCAGAUUGACAAGCUGCGCGACGAAAAAGAGGCUCUGGAACGCGAACUCAGUGACGAAAAGGUCAAGUGGCUUGGCGUCCGGAGCCCCGGCAUGCCCAACGGCGGAGCAGCCCAGUUCGACAUGGGCGCGACGAGCAUCCGCAUGUUGCGCGAAGACUUUAGAAAGAUGAUGAGAGAUCGAACUGCAGAGGGAUUGAAGGCAUUGAGGGCUGAACAAGAAGAACGCCGUAAACUAGAAGCCGUCGUUCGUCAACUCCGCAAGGAAGCUUUAUCCCCUUCGAGCCAACAGCAGCGCUCAAACCUCUCGCGAACAAUGACGACGCCGCAUUGA